AUGGGCAGAGAAAUCAUCAACGUCUCCGUCGGACAGGCCGGUAACCAGAUCGGUACCGCCUUCUGGGAGAACAUCCUCCAGGAGCACGGCCUCAACGGCGAGGGCAAGUACGUCGGCAACGAUGACCAGCAGCUUGACAAGGUCGAUGUCUACUUCAGCGAGGCUAGCAACCGCAAGUUCGUCCCCCGCUCGGUCCAGGUCGACCUGGAGCCUGGUGUUGUCGACCUCGUCCGCCAGGGCCCGCUCGCCAACCUCUUCCGCCCCGACACCUUUGUUCACGGCCAGAACGGUGCCGCCAACAACUGGGCUAUGGGUUACUACACUGAGGGUGCCGAGCUUAUCGACCCCAUCCUUGACGUCCUCCCUCUCGGUGGCGGUACCGGUUCCGGUCUCGGUGCCCUCCUCUUGAGCAAGAUCCGCGAGGAGUACCCCGACCGUAUGCUCGCUACCUUCUCGGUUUUCCCCUCGCCCAAGGUCUCUGAGACCGUCGUUGAGCCCUACAACGCUGUCCUCUCCACGCACAUCCUCGUUGAGAACUCGGAUAUCACCUGCUGCAUCGACAACGAGGCUCUCUACAACAUCUGCGUCAACGACCUCAAGCUCAAGGCCCCCGAGUACUCUGACCUCAACCAGCUCGUCGCCAAGGUCAUGACCGGAUUCACCUGUAAGCUUUCCAAGGCAUACUGA